AUGAAAUUCUCUACAGCAGCACUCACCCUGUUUCUUGGCAUUGCGCUUGCCAACAACACUGUCCCGAUGUCUGAAGAUGAAGAAAUCCGAUGCCAGCAGGAGUCUUCCAACAAUGGGUAUUGCUGCUCGUAUGCAGACUGUGGAUUCUGUGGAUUCUACGAGCGCUGUUGCUACAAACGCUCUGGAGAUGCCACCGAUGAAGGGCAUUGCAAAUGUGGAGUUAACAGCUUUCCACAAGGCACUUGCUUUUAA